AUACUUCACUUAUUGGUAUGCCCAUGCCUCUACACUUGCUUUUCCAAUGCUUUAAAACUUGGUUGACGUAUAUUUUAAAUAAAGUUGGUGACAGGCAACACCCUUGUCUUAAUCCUUUUGAUAUUUUAAAUGGUUUUGAUACUUUAUUUCCAGUUUUUAUCGAGGAACAAGAAUUUUUAUAUAUCUUUUGUAUUGCUGUUAUAAGUGUGUGAUUUAAUCUGGUUAGUUUAAGAGAUUCCCACAGUUUGGUGAUAGGGACGCUAUCGUACGCUUUCUUUUUUCUAAAGAAAAAUAUUUAUAUUAAAAAAAAUAAACAGUUCAACGCCAUCUGAUGUUAUGCGUCUGCACUAUACUCCUCUGACGCUCUAAUCGAAGAAGCCGGCAGAAUCAAAUUCCGUAUUCCUCAGGGAAAAUGGCGCACACCCGAUCGAUAGAUUUUACUCGGCCAGUGAACCGCUUCCGCGAUUAAAUCACAACAAUCUCGCCCCAAUUUCCCUCCCCUCGAUUAACCAACUAACACACAUUUCUUUUUCUUUUCUAAAAUGAUCGAUCGAACCCUUAAGAACUACACCAACGCUCACAACUUCGCUUCAGAACUUUGUUUUUCAUUUUUAAACCCUUAAAAGACUCCAAACCUAGGUUACAAUAUUUCUAACAACGAAUAAUAAUAAAUAAGGAUAAUGUCGUAUAAAUCCAACGGCAUCAAGCUCACCAAAUGUGAUUCUCAACAGUGGAAAACUACAUCGGUUGUGAUAGAGACUGGAUCGGUUAAAUUUGCUGGCGAAGAAGCGAAAGACCGGCUAUAUGAGCCGAAGCAUAAGAAAAAAGCUGUAAGAGUGUUGACGGUGGUGGCCUAUGUGUUUUUUGUGUCAUUGGCUGCGAUUAUGUUGUCCUUAUACUAUAUUUUCCUGUGGAAUGGAGAUGAGAAAGUUGCUGCUAAACUAGCCAGUCGUCAGUUGCAAAAUACUACCAAGUGCGAUAAUAUUCUCGAAGAGCUUCAACGUCAAAUACGUCUUCUGCAGAACCAGAACCCACCCCCAUCUCUCCAACCAACCAUAAGUCAACCUUCAACAACACCAGAAACCACGACGUGGUUUGACGAGGAUUUUGCCAACUUUCAGGACAACCAAAAAUCAGACAAUUUCGAAAAACUACUAAACUUAAAUGAUUAUCCAUACAACGAAGUUCUCUAGGCAUAGAUAAAUACAAUUUAUUUAAAAAAAAUAGCAAAUAAUAGUAAUAUAUUGCGCUUUAUCUUAAUACUGCCCAUUCCUAUAACUCUGUUGAAUUUGAUAACAAUGCUUCCUUAAGACAGUAUUAGUUGAUAAGUUUUUGGCGCUCUGAUAGGCCUAUUUAAUUUUAAGAAUAUUUCUUAUAUAAUAAUUAUGCAGAAAAAAUUUAGAUGCCUUGCUAAUAAUUAUACUAGGAUAAAUAUUAAAUAAAGUAUGUCUAGUGAAAGAAUAAAGUGACAGUUUUCUGUCACAGGUAGGUCGUUUGUCGAAAUCUUUCCUGACGCAUGGGCACACUUUAUAUAAGUACCAAUAAUAGAAAUUAUCACAUUACCAAUAAUAGAAAUUAUCUAUAAUUAAACACCAAACAGUUAAAAUAUCAACAUAGAUUUAUAUUGUACAAAGAUAAGUAAAAUUUUGUUAACGUUCUUGUGAUAAAUACGAUUUUAGAUAAAAGAUACUAGAUUAUUUAUUUUAAAUAUAGUGUUGUCCCUAUGAGUAACUAAAAGUAAUAUAACAUAUGAUUUUUUAUAAUAAAGUCAGUUAAAAAACUAUAAAGCUUACCAAAUGAAAAAAGUUUAGACUUAAUUUCGUUUAAAAAGAAAAUAUAGUUUUUAAUUAAGAUAUCCCAUGUAGUGCUAAGCUAUUUUUGUUAACUUGUACAAAGUUAUAUACACGGUGUCUCUUAAAUAAGGGCAAGUAUUUUAAGGGGUGGUAGAUCUGGAAUCUGGACAAAAGAAUAUUUUUUUUAAGUCAUUUUUUUACAUUUAAAAACAACGCUUACCAUAAUAUUAUAUUUGUAUGCUUAAAAAUAGGUAGUGUGCGUUUUUCUACAAUUAUUAGUAACGCACAAUUAAAAUUAAUUUAAAAAAAAGAUUACUGUGAAUUUAUAAACAUACAAAUACCCAGAAUAUUGGUAAAAAGGAGAUGGCAGUAUUACAAUAUGCGCUGUCAAAAGAUUUCAGGUAAUAAAUCUACAGCAGCAAUUUUUUGCAAGAUAAUAACAUUCUCAACAAUUUAAAUAAAAACACAUGGGCAUGUUUCUGGUGUCAAUAUACCACCAGUUAAAGUACUUGCAUUUAUUAGACACCUUGUGUAAACAUAAUUUAUUCUUGUCUAUAAUAUUAUAAGUAAUAUAUUUAUAAACAUUUGAUAUUAUCAUUAUA